ACUAUUGAUUACAUGGUAACCAGUCUCUCUCUUUUUCUACUAAACUUCUUGUUUGGUUAUCAUUUCUUGUGAAGAGUACAUAAAAUCUGUGAUUCUCAAAUUUGGGGAAGAAACAAGAAAAAGAAGAAGUAAAAAUGGUGAAGGUAGCAACAUUCUUCGCUAUGACGCUUGGUGCUUUUGUAUUCUGGCAAUCCAUGGAUAAAGUUCAUGUCUGGAUCGCUCUUCAUCAAAACGAGAAGAAAGAAAGAUUGGAAAAAGAAGCAGAGAUCAAAAGGUAUAGAGCACAGCUACUGGCCCAACAGAAACAAGAAGAUUCACUUGCAUAAGUUUAACUUUCAUCCUCUUGUUUCACAGCAUUCUAUCAGCGAUCCUUCUUUUGUAUUUCUAUUUUCCCUGGAAAUUAUCCACUCUUAACAUUCAUAAAACAUGAUAGUGUCAUGAAACUUGCGGAUUGGCUCAUCAUGAGUUAACUAUUAUGCUAUCUUCAGUUAAUUGCAGUUCUGUCUGUUGUUAGUUGUUGGAUGAUCCAGUGUGUGAUAUUGGUGUUA